AUGUCCACUAUAAAUGUUCAAACUGACCCAGCAAAAGAAUUCGCAGAAGCAUUUAAAAAGCAAGGAUACUUCGAUCAAUUGAAAAGAGAAAUCCUAUCGAAAAAUUGGAAAUCCAAUAAUGAUGACGAUGAUGGGACUAAUACCACCACAUCAGUAACUGUUGAACAAACCAUCAAAAAUAAGGUAGCUGAUUCCGUGAAAGAUAUGGUCGAUAAAGAUCCUAAUUUAAUCUUUAAGAAUAGAGGGACUACUAGUGCAUUAAUUGAGGCACAAUUAUUCAAAGAUGAUUAUAAGAAGUUAUCGGAAGGUGAUAAUAAGAUUUUAUUGACUGAUUUCAUACAACAAACGUUGAACGAUCAAGAACUUACUGACGGCAUUAUAUCAAAAUUGGAAAGUAUUAUUCCAGAUGACAAAAAAUGA